UUGUCCGGCACAAUACACAGGCUGGGCCACCAGUCCCCCAAGCCCGGCCUAGCCUUGGCCGGGACAAAGGCCAGCCCCUCAGAGAUGGGGGUAGCCCAAGCCAUCCGCCGUCUUAGCAGUGGUGGUGGGUCUGGGGAGCUGCGAGAAGAAGAGGCGGCAGAAACCCCCAUCAGCUGCCCAAAUGGCAAGCCUGUUCCCACCCAGCCGCACAGCCGUUUCGUGAAGAAAGAUGGUCACUGCAACGUGCAGUUUAUCAAUAUGAGUGAGAAGGGCCAGCGGUACCUCACUGACAUCUUCACCACUUGUGUGGACAUCCGUUGGCGAUGGAUGCUCGUCCUUUUCUGCCUCUCUUUUGUGCUUUCCUGGCUUCUCUUUGGCUUCACCUUCUGGCUCAUAGCUGCGCUACAUGGGGAUCUGGGUCCUGAGUUCCCACAGGCCCCCAAACCCUGCUUCUCUGAGGUCACUAGUUUCAUGGCCGCCUUCCUCUUCUCUCUGGAGACCCAGACGUCCAUCGGGUACGGCUUCCGCAGCGUGACAGAGGAGUGUACGGCUGCCGUGGUGGCUGUCGUCAUGCAGUGCAUAGCAGGGUGCAUCCUCGAUGCCUUCAUCGUUGGCGCCAUCAUGGCCAAGAUCGCCAAGCCCAAGAAGCGCAAUGGCACCUUGGUCUUUAGCGAGACUGCUGUGGUGGCAAUGCGCGAUGGCAAGCUCUGCCUGAUGUGGCGCGUGGCCAACCUGCGCAAGAGCCAUCUGGUGGAAGCCCAUGUCCGGGCACAGCUACUGCGGCCUCGAGUGACCCCUGAGGGGGAAUACAUUCCUCUGGACCACAUUGACGUCAACGUGGGUUUCGACAGUGGCACUGACCGCAUCUUCUUGGUGUCACCAGUGACAAUCAUCCAUGAGAUCGAUGGUGAAAGUCCCUUCUAUGAGUACGGCCCUUGUGAGCUGGCUAAGGGUGACUUUGAACUGGUGGUCAUUUUGGAAGGCAUGGUGGAGGCGACGGCAAUGACCACACAGUGCCGUAGCUCUUACCUACCGGGGGAGAUCUGCUGGGGGCACCGCUUUGAGCCCGUGCUCUUUGAACGGCGUGGCCACUAUGAGAUUGACUACCAGCACUUCCACCGCACAUAUGAGGUGCCGGGAACCCCGGCUUGCAGUGCUAAGGAGCUGAGCCAGCGCAAAUACAGGGCCCCCACUGCAGGGGUCAGCACUACCCGUGCCUCCUUUUGCUAUGAGAAUGAAGUGGCACUCAGAUGCUGCUGUGAAGAAGAGGAGGAGGAGGAAGAGAAGCAGGCCAGCCGGCGGGUGAGCCUGGAGAACGAAGUGGCCACAAACACAUGA